ACUAUCACUCACUCCAUUGGUCUACCCUACAGAGUUCAUCGAAGCAACGUUGCGAUGUCUUCAAAGGAGAAACUGCGUAAUGCGCAAUAGCUGCUGGUCUCCAGUGCGCCUUGUCAGUCCAUCAUGCUGUGACACUUAUCGUUUCGAAAGCAGCAGCGCACCACACAGAGAGAGAACGAGCAGGAGAGAAUGGAGAGAAGUGAAGAGAACGACGAUGAAGCCUCCUCGUCCUCGUCCCAGCAAAACACAAUGUGGAAACAAUUUCAAGCGAGAGCCAAACCCAUCCUUAGCCCCAAACUCAGCGCCAGAAACCCAGAUGAGAAAAAGGAGAAGGGAUCAUUGUGGAUGUUUCGGAAGAAGAAAAAACACCCUGUUUUGGAUCGGGUGAUCUCCUCCUCACAGCCCGACCUAUUCUCUGAACCGGUGGGUUUGGACUUGCAGGAGUCGCCCCUCUGCGGCAAAGUGGACCCGAGCACCAGCCACAUCUCCAGACAGGCGGGCGAAGAGCCGAUGCAGCCCGACACACAGAGAGUCGUUGGCGGCUCGGGAAUCCCGAAGCCCACGCUAGUACAGCUGGUGCAAUCCCACCACAAGAGCUCCUCGCUGGGGUCCUCGUGCCUGGAGAGGCUGGUUGCGGACCCUUCAGCGAGUGGUAGUGACAGCGAUGUAGGAGAGAAGGAGGCACAGCUGGAUAAAGCUGACCUGCAGGUUGCCACUGGCGCCUCGGGGGUUAACUCGGACAGAGCUCUGCCCAGCUCAGAGAUGUACCAGCUGGACAUAGUGCUGAAGAGAGGACACAACCUGGCCAUACGGGACAGAGGAGGUACCAGUGAUCCAUAUGUGAAGUUUAAGCUGUGCGGGAAGGAGGUGUUUCGCAGUAAGACCAUCCACAAGAACCUUAACCCUGUCUGGGACGAGGGGACUAAACUACUGGUGGACAGUCUGCAGGAACCUCUCUAUGUCAAGGUGUUUGACUAUGACUUCGGCCUUCAGGAUGACUUCAUGGGUUCAGCUUACCUCUACCUGGAGUCCCUGGAGCAACAGCGGGCAAUACCAGUUAAUCUAACACUGCAGGACCCUCACUACCCUGAUGUAGACCUGGGAACACUGGAGCUGACCGUCACCUUAAGGCCUAAAGACGGCUCCAUAGAGGAGCCGCACAGAGAUGCCACUACCAUGCUGCUCAAACGGACCUGGAGGCGAUCCAGUAAGCAGCAGUCCGUGCGUCUGGCAGAGCUGCACCGUAAGCACCAGCUGUGGAGAGGCAUCGUCAGCAUCUCUCUGAUCGAAGGUCGUGACCUUUGCCCCAUGGACCCCAACGGUCUCAGUGACCCCUAUGCGAAGUUCAGACUGGGAAACCAGAAGUACAGGAGCAAGACCAUGCCUAAGACGCUGUGUCCCCAGUGGAGAGAGCAGUUUGAUCUGCACCUGUAUGAAGAGACAGGAGGAGUGCUGGAAAUUGCAGUCUGGGACAAAGAUACAGGACGCAGGGAUGACUUCAUAGGACGCUGUACAUUAGACUUGUCCACCCUUGCUAAGGAACAUACCCAUCGGUUAGAGCUGGCGUUGGAGGAGUCCCGGGGCUCUGUGGUGCUGCUGCUCACUCUGACAGCCUCCUCACACGUCUCCAUCGCCGACCUGUCACUCACCCCGCUCGACGACCCCAUCGAACGCAGGGAGAUCAUGGGCCGAUAUGGCAUGUUCCGGCCCCUGUCUAACCUGAAAGAUGUGGGGAUAGUUCAGGUCAAGGUGAUGAGAGCUGAGGGCCUCAUGGCUGCCGAUGUCACAGGUAAGAGUGAUCCUUUCUGUGUUUUGGAGCUGAAUAACGACCGGUUACAAACACACACCAUCUACAAGAACCUCAACCCGGAAUGGAACAAAGUCUUUACCUUUAAUGUGAAGGACAUCCACUCUGUGUUGGAGGUGACAGUGUUUGAUGAAGACCGAGACAGGAGCGCUGACUUCUUGGGCAAAGUGGCCAUCCCACUGUUACAUAUCCAGAAUGGAGAACAGAAGGGUUAUGUAUUGAAGAAUAAGGAGAUGACCGGACCAACUAAAGGACUCAUCUACCUAGAGUCUGACGUCAUCUAUAGCACUGUGAAGGCAGGCUUGAGGACGAUAGUUCCACCAGAGCAGAAGUACAUUGAGGAAGAACCCAAAGUGUCUAAACAUUUGCUCCAGCAGAACUUUAACCGAGUGAAGAGGUGCAUCUUGUUCGUGAUAAACAUUGGAACCUUCAUUAACAGCUGCUUUGAGUGGGAGUCACCUCAGAGGAGCAUCAGUGCCUUCCUGUUCUUUGUCGUAGUAGUGUGGAACUUUGAGCUCUAUAUGGUGCCUGGAGCUCUGCUGCUGCUGUUGACGUGGAAUUACUUCAUCACUGCAGGCAGGGAGUCGGGAGACACGGCAGGGGAAGCCAAGUUCGAGUGGGAGGAAGAGGAAGAGGAGAAAGAUGACAAGGAUUCGGAGCGUAAGGGCUUCAUGGAUAAGCUGUAUGCCCUCCAGGACGUGUGUGUCAGUGUACAGAGUGCCUUGGAUGACGUGGCCUCCUAUGGAGAGAGGAUAAAGAAUACAUUUAACUGGACAGUGCCUUUCCUGAGUUGGCUGGCCAUAUCUAUUCUGUGUGUGGCUACAGUCCUCCUCUACCUCAUCCCUCUGCGAUACCUCGUGCUCGCCUGGGGUGUGAAUAAGUUUACUAAGAAGCUCAGGAAUCCAUACCUGAUCGAAAACAAUGAGGUGCUAGACUUCCUCUCUAGAGUCCCCUCAGACGUACAAGUGAUGCAGUAUCGGGAGCUGAAGUUCGAUCCAGGACAGAGCCCCAGCAAACGAAAGAAGACCAACCCUGGCUAGACACACACUGGACUCUGUCUCUGGGGGAUUUUCAACUCCCCCAUACUUUGUAAAUAGAGUACGCAACUGUAAACAUUGUAAAACAAAUAGUAUAGAAUUUUUUUAUAUGAUGAAUAUUUCAUCAUUACGAUUAAGACUAGUGCUAGUUUUAUUUUGUAUGUUUUAGUUAUUGUGGAAGUCACAGCACAAAGAGAUGUUUUUUUUUACUCAUUUUCUUUGUUUGGUCACAAUAUCAUUUUAUACAACGGGUCCAAACACUUGUGAAUUUUUAAAAUGGAAAGACUCCCUUCUGGAGACGUGUGCUUUCCUCCGACUAGAUACCUGGACACCUGUACAAGAUCAGCACAGGGACACACUAGCCUCCAGGACUAUGUUGCCAGUUAUAAUAACAAGGUUUUUAAUAAAGAUUUCUACAGAGAUAUAUACAAAUAUAUGUAUGUGUAUAACGAAGAGUAUGCAUUUAUAUCAAAGAGCAUAUACGUAUGUACUGUGUAUGUUUGUCAAAUCAAAUCAAAAAAAAUAUUGAUCACA